UGAAGGUGAUUAGAAAAUCGGAAAUUGCAAAAUCUAUUUUUCUCAGGCAUUUUGCGCAUUCAAGGAAUUACAAUUGGUGACAAACUCCACAAUGGUGCUGAAAGACGUGACGAGUUUCUUGUGUUUUAUGACAUUUUGUGUCUUACAGCAAUGUGGCCAGAUACUCGCUGAAUAUUGCGGGGAUGAGAAAUACUGCAGUUCACCAUACAAGUGUUGUGAGGCAAGUUCACUGACUUGUUGCUUGGACCGCAGUUCAGAUGAUUACUAUUCCCGCAACUUCAAACUGCAUGUCUGGAACAUGUGGUACUUUUGGUUCAUCAUCAUCUUCAUCAUGAUGUCGUGUUUCGGGGGCUGCGGUUACUACCGACGACGGCGCCUCAUGGUGAUGCAGCAGGGUCGUCAGUGUCACCUCCCAGCCACCACGCAGCACCUGACCAUCCACCCCAUGCAGGCUGGCAUCAGGGAGCCGCCGGCCUUCUACGCUUACACCGGCCCCGGCGCUCCUCCCCACCCCGACAUGUCCAACUUACCUCCUCCUUACUACGACGUGAUGACACAGCCGGAUCUGUACCCCUCCAACAAAGCUGAAUUACCUCCCUACCCCGGGGUUCCUGGCGUCCCUGUCAUCACGGCCGAUAAUCCAGAGAACCCUUCAGUGACGACGCUGAGUGCAGGCAACUUUCCAGCUGAAGUUCCUCAGCCACCAGCGUAUUCAGAGACGGUAGACACUGCAGCCAAUCAGAGGCCAGCUGAACCGAUGGCAGCAGCCAAUCGGAAUUAAGAAAGAUAAUUUUGAAUUAACACCGUUUUAUUCUAGACAUGGGUUUCGGACUGAUAAAUGAUUUAUUUACUGAAAUCAUAUAAGAGUAUCUUAUGUGAAUGCCUCAAGUUUAUAGAAAUAUAUUCAAGAAAUGGUUAACUUGGUCAAAUAAAUAGAUUAGGUCAUUUGUUUUGCUUGAAAUAAUGUUUUGGGUUGGGCCUAUUAUAUUCCAGAUUGAUUAAUUCCAGUACAAAGUUCAUAGGGUUGAUGCACUUUGCCUUUGUCUCUGUGACGCUAACAGUUGCCUUAAAUUGAAUAGGCUUCAUUGGGUGACAAUUAAUUAAUCAGUGUGCUCUAGUGGUGUCAUUAAACAAAACAAACUUUAACUUUUCAUUAUGUCACAAUUUACGUUUUUUUUACUAUUAGUUUUAUGUGACAGAAACGAUACUAAUAAAUGAAUAUCUCACACUAAUAUAGAUAGUAGCUAUAUGAAUAUAGCAUCGCAUAUUAUAAAUAAAAAAUAAGGCAUGUUAUAAAUAAAGAAUAAGGCAUGUUAUAAAUAAAGAAUAAUGAACACUGCCACAAAUUAAAAAAUUUAUGCCAUAAUUUAUAAUAAUAUAAUAGUGUUAAAUGAGAAUUAUUUUAUGAUGGACUUGAUAUUUUAUUUACCUCAGUGUUUUUUUAAUUUGAUAGAAAAAAGAUGGGAUGUACUUAAACGACUCGAAAGUUAAUUCUAAGUAAUGACAUAAGUUGUUGUUUCUUUUUCUUUUGGUAAAGAAUUAUUUUACAAUAACAUUUUAUUGCAAAUAUAAAACUAUAAAUAGAAAUGCUUAAAUGUAAACACUUUAACACACGUUUGCCAAAACUUGUUGUAUUUAGUAGUAGUAGUACCAACAGCACAUUAGUAUGCUUGUAGUAAGUGCGAAAUCAUCCAAUGAUUUGGUACCACACAUUAUACCAAUUAGUGAUGUUAUCUCCGUGACAAAACACAUGAUAUAUUGGUUCCCUGUUGUGCGUAAUAGAGCUUGAUAGAAUCAUUGUUUUACACUCCGGGCUAGCUCUGGCACUCACCAAAUUUGCCAAUUGCCAAUUGCGAAUUUCAAAUACAAUUGGCAAAUUUUAUUUUCAUUUGGCAAAAUAAUUUCAUGAAAUAAAUUAUAUUUUGUUGGAAAAUAAUUGGGCUUUUGCCAUUUUUGAAGUUUAGUAGGUAAUUUGGCGAAAUGUUCUGUUAACCCACAGCUAGCCGUGAGACGCUUGAACAAAGUGAAGAGUAUUGAUCACUAAGACUUACCCGGUCAUUUUAAUUCUCUUUUUAAAUAUUUUUUGUUUUAAAAGGAACAAGAAAUAUAUUGUUUACAAAAUUAGAUGGGAUGGUUUUUAUGGAUCUCCUUCCUCUCCUCUCUCUCCUCCCCCCCCCCCCCCCCCCCCCCCCAGUAAAGACAUGCCUUUAUUGAAAAAGAUGAUAACAUUAAUAUUUUAGCAUUUAAUCAGGAUUUAGCAUAGAUGUUUUCAUGGUCUGGGUACACUUAAUAGAGUUCUAUAGGAAUGCAUCAUUUGGUUUUGAGAGACAGAAGUGUGGCUCACUGACAUUCAGUAAAAGUAAAUGGUAAUGAUUCAGUAAAUCACAUUGGUUUGGGCAGUAUGUUCUGGUAGUGCUGUCCACUAACAUUGCUAAUAAUGGAAUAAAUAUACUAAACCUUGUAAGCAGACUGUUCACAGAGGUCAGUACGGUGGUGGUCAAAUCACUAAGUGCCAAACUUUGCAAAACCUGUUUUAGACCGUGUGUAACUAUAUUUACAUUGCUUAAACAGGCUUCGUAAAUUCUGCCCCAAGUGUUUUGUCUGUACGGUAAAUUAGAGAGCACUAAAAAAAAUGGCACUGUCAAAAUAAUAAAGACUGCGUUUAAAAAAAUAAAUUAAUUAUCUCGAAUAUUUUUUUUGUUAUAUAUGUUAGUGUCAUGUGAGCGUUGAGAAUGUGUUAUAUUGCCUGGUCUGUGUUGUGAAUGGUUGUAUUACAUUAUAUACUCCUUUGUUAUAACUAGUUGAAAGGAAAUCUGAGGCAUUUUAUGUUGUAAUGUAUUAAUCAAUUUAUUCUAAUUUGUUCUACAGGUAGUUAAAGAAUAGUGUAUUAAAUUGAAUUUUAAAUGAAAGUGCAUGAUAACUAUAAUUAGUUUUAAAUAUGUUUAUUUCAUUCGUUGAAACACAUGGUAAAAGAAAAUAUUUUUCAAUCCAUUGUAAUAUUUUAAUUAAAUAAAACACUGUAUAUAUGUUAAAUUGACAUCAAAUAUUUCUUAAAGAAUAUUAAUAUCAAAUAGUUUCUCAAAUGAAAUCCAUCGAUAAGAAAUUUAUAAUUAUAGAAACUUAAAUUGGUUUUCUGUUUUUCACGUGAAAUCCAUCUGAAAAUUUUUUGUAUAUUGAUCAAGGUGGUUGUUGUACUCAAGUUUAUGUAAUGGGUUUUCAGUAUAUGUUGAUAAAAAAUUUCAGUAAUAAAGAUUACUAUGAUGUUAUACACAUACAACACAAUAUAACACCCACACAUACAUCACAUCUUGGCAGUUUAUUAUGAAUCACAUAAAUAAUAAUUAUGUUUGAUAAUCGAUUUAUAUGUCCAAGAUUUUUGUUUUUGUUUUAAUGCGUUUUUAAUUACCAGUGUGUUUAAUUUGUCCAAUUUUAAGCCACACUUCUCCAAUGGCAGCUGUCCGUAUAGUUUCUCUAUUUUUCAUUAUCAUAUCUCAACAUAAGACUCAGAAACAUAUUUAAUUUAAUUGUAUACUUAGUGGAAUUUGUGAAAGCAUUAUUCUAUGUCUCGUCAGUUUGUCAGUGAGACGUGUGUUUAUGAUGUAUCGUGUUUAUGAUUUAUCGUGUUUAUGAUGUAUCAUGUUUUUUAGUUGUUGCAAUGCAUGUGCCUUGUGGUGUGUAUCAUCUCUACAUAUGACUAAAUGGUUCUGAUAAAUUCAGCAUAAUGUUGGCACAAUUGAAUAAUAAGUAUUCUGAUGUUAUUUUUACAUAAUAUAGUACUUCAGAUUGAGAUUUUUAAAUAACAUUUUACAUUAUGUGGGACUUUUGUUUGGGGUUUUCAUAUUUUACAUAAUAAAGACGUUUUGGAUUGGGAUUUUGAAACAUUUUAUAUAAUAUAAGAUUUCAUAUUUUAAAAAAUGCAUAUUUUUACAUAAUAUGGGAGGUAGAUUGAUUUUUUUAGGUAAUAUUUUGUAUAAUACAUGAGUUCUGGUUGAUAUUGUGGGGGCAAUUGUUGAUACAAAAUUCCACUAUUUUUAUGAUUUUUCAUUCAGUUCUGUAAAUUUAUUGGUGAAUAACUAUAUUGAUCUGCUAUAGUGGAAUAAAAACAUUGAUGAACAUUUUGGAGAUUGUGUCCUAUGGACAUAUUUUAUUUUAUUGACCCAUAUUUUUAUUUAGGACUUUUUUCUCUCUUUUUUUUUCAUACUUAUGAUUCUCAAAAAGACUUAACUGAUGUUGAAAAUUGGAAAAGAAAAACAUUGAAAGUACAUGUAUACUGUUAAAAUGAGAAAAUCUGUAAUGUUAGUGAAAUAAUGAUAAUUGUUUGGCGAUGAAUUCAGCAAUCUUGUGUAGUACGAAUUAAAAAAAUCUCAGUUUUAAGUACGUGUACAACAGAAUUUUACAAAAAUAAGUCUGGACUGAUUUUGGAUUUUCUGCUAUUUGAGAAAUUUGAAAUAACAUUUUGAUGGUGUAUUUGAAAUAUAUAUAUACUUUGAACUUUGUCUAGUGGUUAAAAAUAACAAUUUUAAAUUAAGUUUUUGAGGACAAAAAUAAUUAGUUGUUGACUUGAUGAAAAAUUUGUUUUUGGUAGAAUGAAAAUAAUUUGUUUUUGAAAAGAUAAAAAUAAUAGUUUAACAAGGAUAUAUGAUUAUAUUUCCUUACUAUAUCUAGGUUUGUAACUGUUCUAAAACUAUGUUUUUGCAAAAGGAAGAAGUGUAUUUUUGGUGUAAUUUAUACUUUAUGGAUUGUACUAUUUCAUUAUUGUGAAAUACUAUAACAUGUAUUUUGUAUUUGACAACUUUAUGCAUAUUUGAAAUGAGAAAUUUCUAGACUCAUUAAAUAGGUUAAAUUUGGAAAAUAAUUGGGUAUUUGUUCCUGAAAUGAAAUGCAUUUAAAAUGUUAUGGGUUUGUUUUCAUUAAAGAUAAAAAAGGAUAUUUGAUUAUUCCAUUUGAUUAUUUCAUUAUUUCUAUGCAUAAUUUGUUAUGAAAGCAUUUUGUGGUGUUCUGUUAAUUUAAUGAUUUUCUUUUUUUGUUGUGAUUUAUGAGCAUAAUGUUUGUGAUUACUUCUGUUCUUUCAAUUGUAUUGUAUAUGUGAAACAAGUGUAACCGUGUAUUGUGAUGGUUUCCUUGACGGUGAUAAAAACAAAAUUAUAUUCUAAUACAUGUAUUUGUUCAAUAACUUCCAUUUAAUUUUAAUAUUUUAGUGAUUAAUUUUAAUUAAUUACAAUACAUGUAGCAGUUUUUUUAGCUAUUUUCAAAUUAUUUUGAGCUACCAGUAUAUUGAACACUACAAAUAAAUAACCGACAUUAGAAAAGAAAAAGAAAAAAUUAAAGUGAAAAUCCAGAAAUGAUAUGUACUUUUUCAUCAUGAAUGUGCAGAUACAUUUUAAAUUGAUUUGUAUAUACAAGCGUUCUCAGUGACAUUACAUGAUAGUAUUCUGUUUUAUGCAGUUUUGGAGAAUGAUUAAUAUUUAUUAAAUUAUAUAUAUAUAUACAUGACAUUAUUUUGCUGGAAAUUUAUGUUACUAAAAUAUAUGUAGAUAUUUAGUCUAGUAAGGGAAAAAUAAAUUUUAAAAGUAAAAUGGAUUCACAUUUCUAAAUAUUCACAGCCAAACAGUUGAGGCAAAAUAUUAAAACUGAUUUUAGUAGAAUGUACUAUCAACAGGAAAGGUGAACAUGUAUGUAAAGAUUAAUGUAAAAUUAUCAUUAUGAAGGAAUGUAGUCGCUGGAUUUGAACUUUGAACUUUGAUUUAGUAGGUUUUGCUCAUUUUCUUUUGUUUGUGUCUUGUAUGGAAAUGUAAUCCUAAUAAAUGUUUCAUAUUAAA